AUGACGCAACCCAUGGUUGUCGAAGAUCCUGAUCACGGUGUUGGGCUCAAGCAAACGAAAGAGAUGCCAACCCUGUCCGCCGAAGAAAUACCUCCCACAACUUUCCACUCAUUCUCAUACCUCGCAACAGAACUUCGACUCAAGAUCUGGAAGGCAUCUUGUUUCCCUUACGCAGCCACCAAACGCGGCCUCCACUACAUCAAUCUGGAAUCCAUUGGGGGUAACGAGAUAUCUGGGGAAGUGACCACGGAGAUGGCAGCAACGGAGAUGAAGGCACUCCAUCCCGAUUUCCCGACCACGCCCAAUGACCAGGGGUUGCCGGACGCGCAAAUAGAUCUGCCUAUAUGUGGGACGCUGGUCUUUGGAAAGCUUGCAGAGAACCUCGACCUCCCCGACUUGGAUGAGUGCCUCAGUAAGGCUUGUCAACCAUACCCCUGGAAGCCGUGGCAUGAAGAAUUGGAAGACGACGAGGAACCGUAUGAGGAGCGACCAGGUCUUGAAAGCUCAGCUCAUGAGCCUGAGCCCUUUCCUCCUACCUGUCUUCUUUAUCGCCACAAAAAACAUGCAGAGCGCUUUAUGGUCAUGCCCACCCGAGACCUAUUUUGCAUCAAGAGCCUCGGUAGAGGGGAUUUACCAGUCACUAUUCAGGCUCCUCGACUUCAUGUUCCUUGUCCCAAUGGCCAGGAAAGCGUCCUACUGCACUCGUUCAAUCUUGUCUUUGAUUUUCACACCAGUUGGCUCCAUGAUUUCCCUGAGAGCUGGAACGAACUCACGGAGGAAGACUCCCCGCGAGACCUUUUUGCGACUUGGGCUAAUACCGGCAAUAAUAGCCGUGGUGAUGCACCGUGUAUCUAUCUUCUCAAGAAGGCUGCCCGUAGGGUGCCACACUGGGGGACGAAAGACGAUAUAGUCUUUCAUGAUUGCGACAAUGCAUACGUGGAAGUUGAUAAUGAAUACUUCGGCUUCUUUCCGGGUAAGCCAGCAGAGGCUUCAGCCAUGCUACAAUUUCUCUGGCGUGUUUGGGCACUUCGGACGGUUGCUUUUUGCGAGGACUGUACCCAUGACGAAAUAUGUGAGAUAUGUCAGCUCGAUCCAGGUUUCGAUAUGACUGAGUUUGUCAAAGUUCUCGUUCGCCACGAAAAGGAACCCGCUCGAGGUCAAAUCGAGGAUCGAGUUGAUGAACUGGACGAAUUGGCAAAAGGCAACGACUGUGAAGUCGAGCAUGACAGCGAAGACGACAAGGAAGUCCAAGAGGCAUCUGAGUCUAAGAAUUAG